GCAUGGGCUGCGGCCCCCAGUGGUGACCAGCCCUGCCAUGGGAAACAACAGUUCCCACAAAAGGACCAAAGCACCCAAGCAGGCCCGCAAGGAGCGGCCACCUGACAUGGACAAGGCCCGACGUAAACAGUUCUUCAGCCACGUCAAGCGGAAGAAGCCAAAUGCCAAGAUCGUGCUGCUUUUCCCCCUGGACAAGCGGCAGGAGGUGGCCGAAGCUGGGCGGCCGAGUGAGGACGCGUCGGGCGCCCCGGCGGUCUCUCCGGAGGCGCCCAUGCUGCGAGGAGCGGGCGACGGCGCGGAGCGGCGCGAGGGCGCGCGCGGGAGAGAGAUGAAGAAGAUCCUGGUCCUGCUGCUGCUGCUAGACGCGCGGCUGCAGGAGGAGGGGCGGCGGGCGGGCGGCGGGCCCGGGGGCGCCGGCGGGAACAAGGCGGCGCAGGGCUGGCCGCGGCUGUACGCGCGCCUGCUGAGCGACAGCGAGGCCGACGCCGCCGAGGAGCAGCCGCGCAAGCGGCGCCGCUGCCCUCGCCCGCGGCCCUGA